GCACAGCUAAAAAGACAAUCAGAUACAAUAAGAGGAAUCUCCUGGUAAUGCUUUCCAGCUACUAUUAGUGCAGAAUACUGGCUGUGAUUUUUUUUUUAAAAUGACUCUGAGAUAUAUUCCCCAAAAUAAAUAAAAAAGAACUGUCUACAAUGAUGCGGAAGUAACCGGCAGCCACAAUGCCUCAGUAAGUGCCACGACUAGCCCAAAUACCUUGGGUGAAGCCACAGUGCCGUGGAAGCGACCACCCAUAAUGCCUCUGCAAGUGUGGCAACUGGCCCAAAUAGCUUAGGUGAAGCAACCGGCUCCCGUGCCUAUGCAGCGGAAGCAACUGGCCACAGUGCCUAUGCAGCGGAAGCAACUGGCCACAGUGCCUAUGCAGCGGAAGCAACUGGCCACAGUGCCUAUGCAGCGGAAGCAACUGGCCACAGUGCCUAUGCAGCGGAAGCUACCGGCCACAGUGCCUAUGCAGCGGAAGCUACCGGCCACAGUGCAUCGCAAGUGGCCACACACAAUGCUGCCACCCACAAUUUUGUCAAUGGCCCAAAUACCUAAGGUGAAGCUACCAGCUACAGUGCCUCGGCAGUGGAAGCUACCGGCCACCCAUAAUACCUCAGAAGCAGCCACACACAACGUCUCAGCAAGUGUGGCAACUGGCCAAAAUACCUUAGGUGAAGCAACUGGCUCCUGUGCAUCAAGUGCGGCAUCUGGUUCAAAUGAAUCGGCAGAAGCGACAGGCGCCCUUGCCUCGGCAGCAGCGACAGGCGCCUUGCCUCGGCAGCAGCGACAGGCGCCUUGCCUCGGCAGCAGCGACAGGCGCCUUGCCUCGGCAGCAGCGACAGGCGGCCUUGCCUCGGCAGCAGCGACAGGCGCCUUGCCUCGGCAGCAGCGACAGGCGCCUUGCCUCGGCAGCAGCGACAGGCGCCUUGCCUCGGCAGCAGCGACAGGCGCCUUGCCUCGGCAGCAGCGACAGGCGCCCUUGCCUCGGCAGCAGCGACAGGCGCCCUUGCCUCGGCAGCAGCGACAGGCGCCCUUGCCUCGGCAGCAGCGACAGGCGCCCUUGCCUCGGCAGCAGCGACAGGCGCCCUUGCCUCGGCAGCAGCGACAGGCGCCCUUGCCUCGGCAGCAGCGACAGGCGCCCUUGCCUCGGCAGCAGCGACAGGCGCCCUUGCCUCGGCAGCAGCGACAGGCGCCCUUGCCUCGGCAGCAGCGACAGGCGCCUUGCCUCGGCAGCAGCGACAGGCGCCCUUGCCUCGGCAGCAGCGACAGGCGCCCUUGCCUCGGCAGCAGCGACAGGCGCCCUUGCCUCGGCAGCAGCGACAGGCGCCCUUGCCUCGGCAGCAGCGACAGGCGCCCCGCAACAUGUAUUUUAGCACCAGUGAUGUUUCUCAGGAUUUGGGGUCUGACGGCGACAAUGACAACACUCAAUGUGUCGGCUCCAGCAGCGUUCAAGGCAGUACCAAGCAUAUCCCCACCUGCUAAAAAUUCACAACCUUCUAAAGGAGCCCCGCAAAAGGGGACGGCUACUGGGAUGCAAUGUAAUGUGCAACUUUUACACUCACCUGCACUUUGCGUUCUGAUUUUGAAAUCAUUUGUACUAAUCAUCUAUCAACAGAAUUUCAAUGGUAGAUUCAUCCUUGGGAUGACAAUUCUGAGAUGUUGCUGACACUCGGCCAGGGUGUUGCUGCUGCUCAUGCUACCCUGCAUUACUUGUAAAACAAUAAAAUAUUGUACCCUUAAAA